UGUAGUAACAUGCCUGUGUCUAUGCCUGUGAACCUGGCUAGGUCCAUUCCUUGCUGGUUUAAUUCUUCUCGGCACUGUCUUUCUUAAACCUCGCUUUCUUCAGAUUUUCAUGUUGCCCUUUUAUUAUACCACGGGUUUAUUCUUUGCCUGUUCAGUCAGGAGGAGGCACUCACUAUGAAGAUCCCAGGGGCGUUGGUGGCUUUGUUGCUCCUGGGGGAAGCGGUGUCUCAAAGCAAACGUAAUUCCAAAGCUCACGUGAAGACUCCUGCCCAGAAUCGAAAGGGCCCUAACCCAAGUGGGGAACUGGAGCACACUGCUGCUGAGGAAGAUGUCUUUGUGGGAGUUCUUCCUCCUAUGGAAGAUGCCUUGGCAUCACAGCUCAAAAGUGCCUCACUCACUCCUUGGCAUGCUCAGAAGGCACCUGAGGACAUGAAACUUUUCUUUCUGAAGAACCCCCUGGUCACCUGCAAUGAUGGGACAACAGCUGGGUAUUACUUAAGGGAGCACAAAGGGAGCAAGAGAUGGAUCAUAUUCUUAGAAGGUGGCUGGUGCUGUUAUAAUAAACAAACAUGUGAUACCAGAUAUAAAAAUAUCCGUCGCUUAAUGAGCUCAUCUGAGUGGCCUCAAACAAAGAAAGGGACAGGCAUUUUGUCUUCCCAGAUGGAGGAGAGCCCUCACUGGUGGAACGCCAAUGCAGUGUUUGUGCCUUACUGCUCGAGUGAUAUCUGGAGUGGAACUUUGCCCAAGUCACUGCAAGCAGACUAUGCCUUCAUGGGAUCGCUAAUUAUCCAGGAGGUGAUUAAAGACCUGGUUCCUAAGGGAAUUAAGCAAGCUAAAGUGGUCCUGCUUGCUGGGGAAAGUGCUGGUGGGACUGGUGUGCUACUGAACCUGGAGAGGGUGGCGGCCCUUCUGGAGGAGCUGGAAGCUGAGGCAGUCCAGGUCAGAGGACUUGUUGACUCUGGCUGGUUCCUGGACAUUAAACAUCCAAGGCAAUCUGACUGUUCAGAUGCUGCCUCUUGUGCCCCGGUGGGUGCAAUCAAGAAAGGACUCAGGAUGUGGAAUGGAAUCCUUCCAGAAAAAUGUAAACAGCAGUUCAAGAGAGUUAACGAGUGGCAGUGCUUCCUUGGAGAUAGAUUGUAUUCAUCCUUGAAAUCUCCAGUUUUUGUGGUUCAGUGGCUGUUCGAUGAGGAACAGCUGAAAUUAGAAAAUAUCCACCUUGGAAGUCAGUUCCUAACAGAAAAUCAAUGGAACUACCUACAAAACCUUGGGCGAGAACUUAGGAACUCAUUACGUGUUGUCCCAGCUGUAUUUGCCCCUGCAUGUCUAUCUCACACGCUGAUUACAAAAAGCUACUGGCUGGAAUUUCAAGUGAAGGGCAUUUCUUUGGCCAGAGCCUUGCAGUGCUGGGAGAAGAGCCUUCAAGACUGCAAUAAAGCCCCAAAGAUCCCCAUGAGAAGUUGUCCCUUCCAUCUGAUUGAUAACUGUCCAUUGCCCCAUUUCAACCCCACCUGCUCAGUUCUGCAUGACCACGGCACAGGCCAAGAAGUGAACUUCAUGCAGACUUUAUUCAGGAUGAGGCUUGAUGUCCACAGGAAAGCUCAGGAGCUCAAAUCAGGCCCCAGUCAACUGACAAUGCUCAGUAAUGGUGGCUAAUGCAUAAUCCAUGUGGGUUAAUUGUAGCUUAGUGUCAAAUAAUGCUGAUGUUGAGCAAAAGUCAAGGGUUUCCAUAGAGUUUAGGCACAUAUUGGGAUGUUAUGGUUGUAAUGACUGAUGUUUAUGUCAAUCUUACCUUGUACUGCUGCUGUUUCAAUCAGGUGAACUCACAGCCUCACUUGUACUCCACUGCAUUUGACAUAAGUCGCAGUAUGGUUUGGAGGGUACUACACAUUUUAGGGAUUUUUUUGAGGGGUGGGCCAAACAAGGAUGAUUGUUGAACAAUCUUCAUUCACUUCCCUUUACACUCUGACUGAAUACCACCAGAUUACUGGGGGAUUAGCUGAGUGGAGUCUUCACUUUGCAUGAUAACCUACAAAAGUAUGAUUUCCUGUUUUCAUUUUAGCUCCAUUUGCUGCUGCUGAGACUAUUAAUUAAAUGAGGCAUAUGAACAAAAUAUUGACCAAGCUUUCAAGGGCUUUGACUCAUUAGGAUGAAUUACUCUCAGAUUGAUCCUUCCUGUAGGGGAGCCCAGGAAAGCAGGCCGUUCACACUGUGCAGAGUUUCUUCACUCAGUUCCCCCAUGUUGCCCAAUCAAGGGAGUAGGUUUACCUCCUUGUGGAAUGAACACAGGACUCCUCCAACAGACCCAGAGAGAGCUAUGCAGAGUGGGGCUGAUGCAUACAAGGCCACCAGGGCUUUCCACAUGGAAGCCUUGUAUCUCUACCCUAGCUCCGGGUAGUUGGGUGGUCGGAUGUUCUAUCCCUCUACCCCAGCUCCUGGACUGCACAGCUUUAUUGGCACCAUACUCCCAG